GAAUGCUUUUAUGUGUGCACCUUUCCAACAUGUUUACGCAAAGUAAUAUAAAAGAAAAAAAUAUUUAUCCGUAGUGCAGAUCACGAUCAUUAUCUACUAAUAUAAAAUUUUACCUUUAGAAAAAAUAAAUAACAUUGCAGUUUACUUCAAGACAUAUAUGUAGUUUAUACUGCAGUGUCUAUACGUGUUCGGAAUCAUUCAUAAUACUCGUAUAACGCAUCACACGAGAUGUUAGUGUAUUUUUCAACAAAACAAGUUUUAUAAUAAAGUUUAAACGCAUUCGAUGUUAUUCGUUAUGGUGAUCAGUCGUAUUUUGUGUUAUCAAGCAAUGAAUAAUUCGCAGUGUUAAAUUUUUGUGUGUUUUAAACAUGGAAAAAAUAGGAGAAAAAUCGAAUAGUGGCGUUGAACUUCAAACAGUUAAAGACAGUGAUGUGGGAUUCAAUGGUGUAAAUAAACCAAAGGAAAAAGAAAAAUUAAGUUUUGCUGACAGAUUUAAAAUUUUUAGGAAUUAUUUCACAGUGGAACCAUAUUUGAUAUGCUACAUAAUACCACUUUCGAUAACAUAUCUAGCUGUUCAAAAGUUUAAUACGGAGAAAGCGUGUCGUACAGAUUUAGCAUAUAAUCAAACUAUUUGUGAUUUAAUACAAUCAGGGGAAACAAAUGAUAAUGUAACUGAACUAGCUUUAAGUCAUACUACACAAAUUGCAGCCGAUAUAUUGACAUGGAAAGAACCUCUGCAAAAGUUUAUUCCUGCAAUUUUAAUGCUGAACAUCGGUGCAUGGAGUGACAGAACUGGGAAUAGGAAAUAUUUGAUGCUUAUACCCAUCUUUGGUGAAAUGUUAUCAACUGUUGGAUUGCUGUUAGCGACACACUAUUUCACUGAAUGGCCCUUAUGGGUAACAGGUGUAAUAGAUGUCAUUACUUCAUCAUUUACUGGAGGAUAUUCUAUUGCUCUUGCAGGAUGUUUUAGCUACUUAGCAGAUGUAACAACACCUGAAUCACGUACAUUUCGAAUGGGUUGUAUGGCUGUUAUAGCUACUCUCGGUCUUCCUAUAGGAUCAUCAAUAGGUGGAAUACUGACUGAAGAAUUGGGAUACUUUGGGGUAUUUGGACUCGUACUAGCUAUGUAUGCUUUUGGGUUCCUUUACACAUUCUUUCGUAUACACGAUGUGAAACCAGUACAUCAAGAGGGAACGUUUGUGGAGAAAGUAUUGAAUUUUAUACAUCCAAGAAAUUUGUGGGCUACUUUAUCUUUGAUUGUUUUGUCACGAGGAAAAGUACUUCUACGGAUAUUGCUUGUAAUUUGGGCACAUAUUCUAAUAAUGGGCCCUGUUGUAGGUGAAGGAAAUGUAUUCUAUUACUAUACCUUGAUUCGAUAUAAAAUGGAAGUUGUAGAGUUCAGUCUUUUUACAACUUAUACAGUACUUAUUGGAACUGCCGGUACCGCCAUAGCAGUGUUGCUGUUUAGUAAAGCAUUAAAAUUUCAUGAUUCGAUACUUGGCAUAAUUGCGACUGCUUCUAAAGUUAUGGGAUCUAUCGUGUACGCUUUGGCACCAAACAAGACUUGGCUGUAUGCUGCUCCGGUAUUUGAUAUAUUUGGCAACUCGGGCGUGACUGCUAUUAGAUCUUUGGGCACUAAAGUUGUUGAUCAAGACAGUAUUGGUAGAAUGUGUUCUCUCAUCGGAUUCAUAGAUGCUAUUAUACCCAUAGUUGCUAUUCCAAUCUACACUCAGCUAUGGUCUAACACAUUAAAUACGUUUCCUGGAGCUAUAUACCUAUUGGGCGCCAUUUUGACUGUUCCUGACUUCGUUAUAUUUGCGAUCCUGUUCAUCAUAUAUAAAAAAGAAGAAAAGGAUGUCGUUGUAAAUGUGGAAAUAAAAGAAAAGCAUGCUUAUGAAAAUGAUAUUACUGCUUUAUAGCCUAGUGCCGUAUUAAAUGACAUUUGCCAAAAUAUUUAACUGCGCAGAUAUAACAUGUGGAGGACUCGCACGGAAAAUCAGCUAACGAUAGAGAGUCGACAUUCUAGAACAUAAUUGAAAUAAUAUAAUAUAUAAUUAUAGAUUUUAAACUGAUUUCAAAAAGAAGGAGGAUUCUUA